AUGGCGCGAACCCAACACUUUGCCGUGCAGGCCAAGAUGCCCAUCUACUCGGUGGGGUUUGUGCAGGACAACAUCAUCGUCUACUCGGGUGGAGGAGGUGCCGGUCGCUCGGGCGUCACCAAUGCCGUCGUAGCUGCGCGCAUCGAUCUGGCAUCGCAGUCCAUCGACAAGCUCGACGAGUGCAGCCUCUCCAGGGACGAGGAUGCGCCCAUGGCCAUGGCGAUCAACACGGCCAAGUCGCAGCUGGUGUGCGGCAUCAACAGCACCGCGGAUCAGGUCAAGAGCGGCUCCAACCAGCCCAUCCGCAUCUUUGACUACGCCAUCUCGCCACAGGCUGAGAGCGCAUCCAGCUCGCAGUCGGAAAAGCCGUCGACAAGCGCAAAAGUGCAGCUGAGCUUGGCGAGCGCAUCGUCGUCGCUGCACAUCCAGGAUCCGGAAGAGUACGUCAAAGUGGUGAGCUUCAGCCCCGAUGGGCGCAUGCUCGCCGUCGCCAGCACCGACGGCCAGGUCUCGCUGCACAGAUAUCCGUCGCUCUCGCCAGUGUGGAACGACGUGCGCGAGCCCAGCUCAUCGGCCAUCGCCGCCGCCGAAGCCAAGGAUACCUCGAUCUCGCUCGCAUCGCGCGACUUUGACAAGGCCGAGAUCUACGACGCCGACUUUUCGCACUCCAACACGCACCUGGUGCUCACCUCGUCGUCCAAGCUCGUUGUCUAUGCCACCGACCCUUUUGCGGAUCCCGAUUCAGACGCAGCUUCGACCAACGGCGACGCGGCGUCGGCUCCUGCCGAGGGAUAUGCGCAGACGAUCCAGACCAUCAAGAAUCCGGCGCUGGGCGGAAAGGGUCCGUGCUCCUUCCGUGCCGCGCGCUUUGGUCGCGGCGAGGCGAGCAAGGAGAAGCUGUUCACAGUUGUCAAUGCCGCGCCCGCAGGUGGCAAAGGACCCAAGGCCAAGAUCCGCAAGAGCUUUGUCACCGCGUGGGAUGCGGAUACCUGGGACCUCAUCGAGACGCGCCAUGUAUCGGAUCGACCCGUGACGGUAUUCGACGUGUCUGCGGACGGCAAGUUUCUGGCGUAUGGAUCGUCGGAUCUGUCGGUGGGCGUGUUGGAUGCAAAGACGUUGCGGCCGGUGCUCAAGAUCCUGCACGCGCACGACUUCCCACCCACGUGCCUCAAGUUCAACCCGGCCUCCAACGUGCUCGUCUCGGCGAGCGCGGAUAACACGCUGCGCAUCAUCCCCAUCCCCGCCAAGGCGCUGCUCGAGUCGGCUGCACGCUCCAGCGGCGCACUCGCUUUCAUCGCCGAAACGCGCAUGGGCUUCUACACCACCAUCUUCCUCUCGCUCCUCGUCGCCGCCCUUGCGCUCUGGUUCCAGCGACAGUACCUGCUCAACUGA